CCGUUCUUUUUCCCCGUUGUGAGCACUCCCCUUUCUCUGUUCCCAGGCCUGGCAGUCAUCCGCCAUCAAGAUGAUGCCUAUGAGACCUUCGAAAAGCGCCAUGCGCGCUCUGCAUUACCAGAGGUACAUUGCCUCUGGCAGAAUGAGUUUUACUACUGCUUCCGUCGCUGCGACCGCGCCCCACCGCUUUUCAGCUCAGAAGAGAUUCCAGAGCACCGCAAGUGCCCCGGCUGAAAACACGAGACCGAUCCCCAGCCCUGCCUUCAACCAGGAACCUCACCGCAAUGAGGUCUCGCCACUGCAAAAUCGCCAGGUCCCCGAACUGGACGACUCUUUUGUCGGACUCAGUGGAGGAGAGAUCUUCCAUGAGAUGAUGCUGCGUCUUGGCGUCAAGCAUGUCUUCGGUUACCCUGGAGGUGCCAUUCUUCCCGUUUUCGAUGCCAUCUACAACUCCAAACACUUCGACUUCGUCCUCCCGAGACAUGAACAGGGCGCCGGACACAUGGCCGAAGGCUACGCCCGUGCCUCUGGAAAGCCCGGUGUCGUCCUCGUCACCUCCGGCCCUGGAGCCACCAACGUUAUCACCCCCAUGCAGGAUGCCCUCUCCGACGGUACUCCCAUGGUCGUCUUCUGCGGUCAGGUGCCCACCAGCCUGAUCGGUACCGACUCUUUCCAGGAAGCCGAUGUUAUCGGUAUCUCCCGUGCUUGCACCAAGUGGAACGUCAUGGUCAAGUCCGUCGCUGAACUCCCCCGUCGCAUCCAGGAGGCUUUCGAAAUCGCCACCAGCGGCCGCCCCGGACCUGUCCUCGUCGAUCUGCCCAAGGAUAUCACCGCCGGUAUUCUCCGUAAACCCAUCCCUAUGAACAGCACCCUGCCCUCCCUCCCCAGCGCUGCGACCAUGGCUGCCCGUGAACUGAGCAUGCAGCAGCUCAAGGGUACCAUCAACCGUGUGGCCCGCCUUGUGAACAUCUCCAAGAAGCCCAUCCUGUAUGUAGGUCAGGGUCUCCUUGCUCGCCCCGAUGGCCCCCAGAUCUUGAAGGAGCUGGCCGACAAGGCUUGCAUUCCGGUCACCACGACCCUCCAGGGUCUGGGUGGAUUUGACGAGACGGACCCCAAGGCCCUGCACAUGCUGGGCAUGCACGGAUCUGCCUAUGCCAACAUGGCCAUGCAGGAGGCUGAUCUCAUCAUCGCUAUCGGUGCUCGCUUCGAUGACCGUGUGACCGGUAACAUCUCCAAGUUCGCCCCUCAGGCCAAGCUUGCUGCCUCGGAGAACCGUGGUGGUAUCGUCCACUUCGAAAUCAUGCCCAAGAACAUCAACAAGGUUGUCCAGGCCAACGAGGCUGUUGAGGGUGACUGUGCUGAGAACAUCCGUCUCCUCCUGCCCCACGUCGAGGCUGUUGCUGAGCGUAAGGAGUGGUUCGACCAGAUCAACGACUGGAAGGCUCGGUUCCCCUUCUCCCUGUAUGAGAGGGAGACUGCUGAGGGACCCAUCAAGCCCCAGGCUGUCAUUGAGAAACUCAGCGAUCUCACUGCUCACAUGAAGGACCGUACUGUCAUCACUACCGGUGUCGGUCAGCACCAGAUGUGGGCUGCUCAGCACUUCCGCUGGCGCCACCCCCGUACCAUGAUCACCUCUGGUGGUCUUGGAACUAUGGGAUACGGCCUCCCCGCUGCUAUCGGUGCCAAGGUUGCUCGCCCUGACGCUCUUGUCGUCGAUAUCGACGGUGAUGCCUCGUUCAACAUGACCCUGACCGAGCUCACCACUGCUGCUCAGUUCAACAUUGGUGUCAAGGUUCUCCUCCUGAACAACGAGGAACAGGGUAUGGUGACGCAAUGGCAGAACCUGUUCUACGAGGACCGCUACUCGCACACUCACCAGAAGAACCCCGACUUUGUCCCGAUGGCCCAGGCCAUGGGUGUUGCCGCGGACCGCUGCACCAAGCCCUCGGAGGUUGAGGAGAAGCUGAAGUGGCUUAUCGAGCAGGACGGCCCUGCCCUUUUGGAAGUGUUCACUGAUCGCAAGGUGCCUGUGCUCCCCAUGGUGCCCGCUGGCUGUGCCCUGCACGAGUUCCUUGUUUAUGACGAAGCCAAGGAGAAGGAGCGUAAGGCUCUGAUGAAGAAGCGGAAAGUUCCCGGUUUCUAAGUGAGCCGCGAAUGCUAGCGAUGAGUUGCCAUGCCUGUUAUUUGAAAGCUGCAAAAGUGCCCACCCAUUCCUGAUCUCUUGAUAUCCAUGGCGUUUCUGGCAGGUUCUAAAACGCUAGCGGGUGCCGGUCUGCGCCCCGGAGACAAGCUGCAGCGGUCUACUUCGACCAGAGAACCCUGGACUAGCAUGGUGCAGGGCCGUGGAGAGCACUCUAUAGUAGCUCCACUCGGUCCUGUACUGGGGUCCUGAGCUGAAAAGACCUCUGGCUGGGCUUGGACUUCCUUUCCCUUUUAUUGCUUUUUCCAUUUUCACCGUUUGCAUUAUGGCUUGCGCGCAAAAGUUGCCUCAAAUGUUGUUGUGGGAAAUCCAGCUGUAUAUAAUUCUUAUGUUGCUGUAAUCUUUUGUAUGACCUUGGAAAUACUAUCAUGAGGCAUUGAAAAGGG